AUGGCUGACUUCUCUGAAUAUACUGGCCCCAGCGCCGAAUGGCUGGCCCUCGAGCCAACGCUGGGCGACCUUCCCAAGGAUCUAUCGGUGGAAGAAUUGAAGGCAUUACUGAAUAAAGGCCGUGAGGAAUCUGCCGCCCAGGAUAUGAUCGACCAAGGCUUGAGCUCCACGGUCCAGAUGCACGACCACACGAUCACAGCCCGCGACGGAGCGACCCUGGAGGCUCGCACCUACCGUCCUGCCGGUGUGCCAAUCGCCGAGCGCCUGCCUGUUUACGUGCACCUUCACGGCGGCGGUUUUCUGUUUGGAACACUCGCUUCUGAAGAUGCGACCUGCUCGCGGAUUGUCACUUCGCGGGCCAGUAAGGGUACCCCGGUCGUGGUCCUCAAUGUAAACUACCGACACACCCCCGAAUAUGGCUAUCCCACUGCCUGGAAUGAUAUCGAAGAUGCCUUUGUCUGGUUACAUGAACAUAUCGCCGAUAUUGGCGGGAUCAGCGAACAAGUUGUCGUGGGUGGCAUCUCAGCUGGUGCAUGGUUGACUGCAUCAUUGGCGCUGGCUCAGCUGCGCGGCGAGGAUAAGCGUCUCGCAGCCUGUCCCAAGAUUGCUGGACAGAUUCUCAUGAUUCCCUGUCUUGUACAAUAUGUCCACUAUGCGCCGAGGCAAGAGAUGCUCAAGAGUCCUGAUCUGUCGAGUUAUGUUCAAUGUGCUGAAGCGCCCAUCUUGCCGGUCAGUCGCAUUAAACUGUUUGGUGAGCUACUUGGGGUUUGGGAAGCCAACGAUGCCGAGGGAGACCGUCGGAUGAGUCCUGGGAAUGCCACCGCGGAAGAGGUCAGGGGUUUGCCUCCUACUACGUUUGGAAUUGCGGGUAAUGACCCCUUGAGAGAUGAGGGUCUGUUUUAUGGACAGCACCUUGCAGCAAACAAUAUUCCGACCAAUGUUCAUGUCUUCCCCGGUGUGCCUCAUGGAUUCAGAAGAUUCGGAGCCAAAUUGUCUGAAAGCAAGAGAUGGGAUGAGGUAAUGAGUGACGGUAUUGCCUGGGCAUUGACAAACCCUGCGCCUGGACCAUUUGUGAUCAAAGCCGAGUAG